AUAUUCCCUUAGAUUGAUUAGUUUCGAAUUUUGUUGCUUAACUUACAAACAAUCAAUGCAAGAUUUUUCAAAUCACGAAAUUGUUUAUUAUAAAUCAUAUCAAUGUUUAAUAUUCGAUUAGGUAACGGUUUAUUUUUGGUUAAUGAUCAAUUUAUUUCAUUUAAUUAGUAUACGAUAAAUUUAUAUUUGAUACAAAUUUUUGUAUCGUCGCUAGAAUCUUGUUCAUUCAAUAUUUAAAUACAACGUGACAUGUUUUCGAACUGAAAGUGAUUUCGAUAAAAAAUCUGUUAUGGUUCAUAGGAGACGAUUUAGAAAAAAUUUCAAAAACAAAAUAAUACCUCGAAAUGAUUUUGAAUCGACAGUAACAGUUAAAAAUUUUGAAUCUAUUUCGGUCCAAACAGAUGAUGAAAUGCCACAAACGGUUAGAAAAAGAUUCGAAUGGAACGAUCUGGACGCGGUCAAUCGUAUUACAAAUAUCCCGAUAGUGGAAACCGGAUGGUCUUAUGCAGGAGGCUUCUAUCAAAAAAUAAAAAAUUCGAAUUCGUUGAUGCAUUGGACUUUAGAUACCGCCGAACUAUCAGCUCAAACUAUAGUGGAAGCUGCUUCACCAGCUCUGUUCCUAUUGGAAGGACCUAUCAAUUCCAUUGACGAUAUCGUUUGUAAAAGUUUGGAUAUCUUGGAACAAAAAGUACCGUCGAUAAAUCUUCCACCGGAAAUGAUUUAUUACAAUACGAAACAAUACGUACAAGAAAUGGGAACGAGAAUCGCCCAGCCGGUUAUAAAACGCGCGGAUUCCGUGAAAAAAAUAGGAGACACAGUUCUAUCUAGCAAAUACACGGCUUACGCUGCUGAUACUUUAGACGGCGUAUUAGACGUCGCGGAAAAAUACGUCGAUAAAUAUCUACCCGGCGAAGACGAACAAAUUAUCGAUGAAACUGAUAAACCUGCGAAUGAAGAAGGACCGAAAGGAAAAGCCAUCCAUACAAUACACCACGCCGAAAAAUUUUCCAGGAAACUGAAAAGGAAAGUAACUCUAAGAACGAUUGCAGAAGUUAAAGCACUCAAACAUCAAAGCGUGGAAGCUGUACAUGUUCUAACUUACGUUAUUGAAUUGGUAGCCACCGAUCCAAUCCUUGCGUUUCAAAAAGGAAAAGAGCUAUGGGCGAGUUUGAGUAAAGAUGAACCUGAAAAUCAAGCUAGACCGGCAAAUUUGGAACAGCUGAUUGUUCUGCUGGUAAGAGAAUCAUCACGACGCGUUGUUCAUUUGAUUAAUGCUUCGAGUGAUAUACUCAGUACUUUUCCCAGAAGGUUAUAUCAUUCUGUGGGAGUUUUAAUAAAUAAAGUUUUGGCUACAACGGAUUCUGCUGUUAAAACCGUGCACAUGGAAAACGUCCAAGGAACGAUUAUCGCCAUUUUGAAAGCUCAAGGAUACGUAUUGGCGGUUGCAAUUAAAAAUAUUAAUGACCAAAUAAGCGAAUACUUGGAACAAGUUGCUGAAAAUCUCUCCAAACAUGACGAAAAUUCUCCAGGAGCAUUAUCCGUGCCUCAAAUUACAGUGAACAAUCCAAAAGCAACCUUAAAAAAUACCAAACAAAAUUCGAAUGGUUUCGAAAAUAAUUUAUAAGAACAUCCACGUGUAAUUUAAAAUAUAGUAUUUGAUACUGUAUAAUAUUUUAAUAAUCUUAAUCUAAAUAAUAUUCUAAAAGUUAUGCAGGUAAUCAAUAUAAAAUAAACGUAAAUAAGAAAUUUCUUU